AUGCCUUCCUUCGACCAGACCAAAGCCUAUGCUCCCCAAGAGGAGGGCACAGGUUUCUUUGACGACGGUCGUGAGAUUGAGCUUCUUCACUUCGUCUAUUCACACCCUGACCUAGACAACAUUCGGGGGUCGCCUCAGAAAGUACUCGCAGCCAUUGACGAGUAUGGACGAACGAAGAAGUUCCUCAUGAACGUGGGAGAGGAUAAGGGUCACAUCGUGACUGACUUGAUCGCUGAGGUCAAGCCGAAGAUCAUGGUGGAGCUCGGCGGAUACGUGGGCUACUCAUGCAUUCUAUUUGGCGAUGCGGUACGCAAAGCUGGAGGCGAGCGAUACUACUCCCUUGAAAUGAAUCCCGAGUUCGCCGCUGUGAUCGCAUCUCUGGUCGACCUUGCCGGACUUUCCGACAUCAUCAAAGUCGUCGUUGGCUCGAGUGAUGCAUCAAUCGCACGGUUGUACUCCACUGGCCAGCUCAAGCACAUUGAUCUCAUAUUCCUCGACCAUUACAAGCCUGCCUACACAACGGACCUGAAGCUCUGCGAGGAGCUGGGCCUCGUGACCCCUGGCACUGUGCUGGCAGCGGACAAUGUCAUCAGUCCGGGAAAUCCUCCAUACUUGGAGUAUGUACGUUCCAGCGUGAGCGAAAAGAGGGCCAAGGCAGGAAAUGAUGCAGGAGAUGCCAAAGAGAAGGGAGAAGGCAUUCCUGAGAAGACGGUGCAGAUGUACGAGAAGCGCUACGGAAAGGCCAAGUUCAACGAGAGCAAAGGAAAUCCAAACCUAGUGUACGAGAGCAAAUUAGUCAACAGCUUCGAACCAACAGGCGCACCCGACGGUGUCGAAAUCACCCGCUGCGUUGGCGAAGACAAAUAA